AUGGUACUACCGACCUCUAUGCCAUAACAAGUGAUCCUUGACUAGGUCAUGUUUCCGCAACGCAAUAGUGUUGGUAAAGAUAGCCCUUUACACAUUGUAAGUCUGUCCAACCGAAUGUGAUGUGGCGAGACCAGCCGUGUCUUCAGACACAAGAUACAAAGAGAACAUGUCUAUUGAAAACAUAGUGGAAUGCUAAAAUAAGAAUCAAAUAAGAAACCUGUGUUACAAGCGGCCAACAUUACACAGUAGAACACAAAACGUACACGAAGUGAGACUCAGUUCUAGGAUUUAAAUAAAAAAGCAAAACUAGGAGCUCCUUUAGAGGAACCAUACUAAAACAAACUAGCAUUGGAAUCUUCGAGUAUAAAACAUUUCAAAAGUUUUGCUCUUCUAUACAACGUUUUAGCAAGUCUGAAUCAUUGUUCCUAACUUGGACAAUGGAUGCAUCUAUUGCACAGGUAAUAUACUUGUCAUUUGCUAGUUUGACACUCAUGUGUUUAUCAACGACUGAGUCAACAAUUGAGUCAACCAGUCUAAAAUCAGCUAAUACAACACUCCUACAGCCAGACAAUACAACCUAUGGAGACAAGAAUGCUUUUCAAUCUUUGACUAAUAUUGUUGGCAAUAAUAUAACGAGUUUUUCUUCAAGAAAUGAGAGUAACAAUAUAAUCAACGAAGAGCUAGAGAAGCUAGAACACUCAGGUUAUCUCUUUUUUCCACACAUAUAUCGUGCAUUUAUUCGUGCAGGAAAAAGUCCCGAGGAUUUUAACAUUAGCGCUGCAUGCUCGCACAAUCUGGCCAACUAUUACAAGGGACUGUAUCUUAAGAAAGCUUGGGCAUGGAACAUGUAUGAUGCAACGGGGAAACAAAGAGCAGGUAUUCUAACUGGUGCGCUGACGUGGGCAGGAAAUUAUCAACAAUGUUUAGAUUCAUUGGGCUAUCGAAAUAACAUUAAAGAAUUUCAAGUUGGAUCUGAAAUUUCUGCUCAGUACUGCUCAAUCUAUAUCUCAACACCUUCAUGGGUCAAAGAAUUGGUGGACUCACUGGGUUUGCCUUUUCCUCCACCUCACCCCCCAUUCAUUGCUGAUGUUUGCACUGUUAUAGGAUGUACUGAACUAGAUAUAUUCAAUAUAGCUCAAACGUUUUUAAAUCAGGAAUCAUGGCUUGGAAACUACACUGUAGCGCUAGUCAAAUGUCAAGGUCAACUACAUAUACGAGACAAUGCAGGUGCUAUCAUUACUUUGUGUAUUGCCUCCCUUCUCUUACUGCUUGUUCUCUCGGGCACUGUGUAUGAGCUUUACUUACGUUCAAGAAGGCAUGGAGUCAAAUCCAGUCGAGAUAUAGCCAUUGGUAUAGAGGCUGGCCUAGAAUCUGUCAAUCUAUCUACUCAAACGUCUCAUGUUGAAGACGAUGGACAUAAAGUUACUAGCUACAGAAAUCCUGCAUUCGUUAAUGACGAAACUGAAGAACUCCAUAACCGCAAUGAGAUCGGCAAUGAGCAAAGUCAGAGCAAUUACGUUGCACGGUUCAGCCCUUCAAAGGGUGUGCAGUUCAGUUCCGAGGUGAAAACUGGUCUUUCAGAAAUACCAGAAAAAACAGACUCUUUAGAUAAGACACUACUAGUGAAUGAGAUCAAUGCCAACUGCAUAUCAGAACACGUUCAAGAUGAACUGCCUAAUGAUCAUUCAGUUGGUGAGCAGAGUCAUGAUACAUCUAUGGUCGAUCAUUGCAGCGAGAGACGAGUUUCACGAAGACUUAGUGAAAUAAUGCAUAAAUCUGCAGCGAAAAUAAAACAAAGUUUUAAAAUUAAAACUGUCAACACCGACUUACCACGCAUGCAAAAAAGACAUUUGAAAACUCAGCUUUCAAUUGCUGACCCAGACAAAAACAAUCGCAGCGCAGUCUUUCUACUGGAACGAUGUUUAGUGUGCUUCUCCUUAAGACGAAACUUGACCAAUGUUUUGGGAAAAGGUCAUCUGGACACACUCUUUUGUAUUAAUGGGAUUAGAGUUAUGUCAAUCGGUUGGAUUGUACUUGGAUCAUAUUACAGUGCCUUUUAUUCCAACCCUUCCUAUGUAGAUAAUCAUCUGGAUGCAGUUAAACUUACUCAAUCUUUCUGGAUUCAAGCUAUGAUCAAUACAACAUUCGCUGCGGAUACUUUUUUUGUAUUAAGUGGAACUCUGUAUGCAUUCAACUUUAUGAAACAGAAACAUAAGCAAAGCUCCAAGAAAUUUUAUCAGAUUUUGUCUGUAAAAGAAUACUUUCUGACAGUGAUUCACAGAUUGGCAAGGAUAGUUCCUUGUUAUUAUUUCAUAUUAAUGAUCUACACAAACUUAGGACCUAGUCUAACUGCUGGGUCAGAGUUCAGAAGUGGAUUAAAACCUAAUACACAAUGUUCCGACCAUUGGUGGGCUAAUGUUUUAUUUAUUAGCAACUUUUACAUGUCUGACAAAAUGUGUAUGCCUUGGACUUAUUACCUCGUCAAUGACUUCCAAUUCGCUUUGCUUUCUCCUUUGGUGGUCAUUCCAAUGUUAUGUACUCCACUCAUUGGUUUCGGUAUUGUGGUGUUAUUAAUGGCCGUUCAUAUUGUAUCAGUUAUGGUUCUCAAUGUUGGAAUUAAUGGCAGCGUCAUGAGAAUGGGAAACACUGACUACUUUUCCAAAAUCUACAUAAAACCAUAUUGUCGAGUAGCUCCUUACGUUAUUGGUUUAGCUCUUGGAUAUUUGUUGUUUACAACAGAAAGAAAAACACGUUUAAGAAAGGUUCCUCUGUUUAUUGGAUGGUUUGUGUGUAUAGCUGUGGUUGCAAUACUUCCAUAUAUAACCUAUUCUGAAAAUAAAGAAAAUGGAAGUAAAUGGUCAGAUGUUGAACGAUCAUUGUUUGAGGCUCUGUCAAGACCAAGCUGGGCACUUUGUGUUGCUUGGAUCAUUUUUGCUUGCUGUAAUGGACAGGGAGGUUUCAUUUCAAAACUUUUAUCUUGGAAUUUCUUCAUACCACUAUGUCGAAUCACUUAUGGAGUCUAUCUUAUUCAUCCGAUUUUCAUUGAAAUUAUAUUGACAUCCAGCCACUACAAUUUUUUUAUAUCAUUUGGAGAGGUGACCUACGGAUACAUUUCAGUCAUGGUUUCAUGCUGGUGCCUGGCCUUAUUUUUUAUGGCCACCGUGGAACAACCUUUUAUUGGGAUAGAGUCUUUAAUAACACCCUUUAUUUUUGGAAAACAAAAAAAAUAAUUUGUGGCACUUAAACGAGCUUCAUGUAGAAAAAUCUUUUCAAAAUUUGACUAUAAAAAUGUAAACAUUCAAUUUGUAUA